AUGUCCAUUCACCUACUGGCGGCUAAAAGCAAGGUCGCGCCAAUAAAGCUCGUGACGCUUCCACGGCUGGAACUCUGCGCUGCAUCGUUGCUGACGAGUCUCGUACGGCACCUCCGGUCUUCACUCGACUUACCAUCGGCACCAGUAUACCUCUGGUCCGACUCCCGAGUCGUCCUUCACUGGAUCAAAGGCCACGCAUCUCGGUGGAAAACCUACGUGGCCAACCGAGUGUCGCUGAUUCAGCAGCGGCUCCCCGAAGCUCAAUGGAGGCACGUUCCAGGCCAAGAGAAUCCUGCCGAUUGUGCAUCCAGAGGGAUCGCACCGAGGGACCUGCUGAACCACCCCCUCUGGUGGACCGGCCCGGCCUGGCUGCUCAAGAGUCAGUCGCUAUGGCCGGACAGCAACGACCAGACAUCGGUAGGAAACGUUCCUGAAACGAGAAUGAUUGUAUUAGUCGCCACCAGCAAGGACAGAACGGAGCCGGAAACCCUUCUCCAGUUUUCAACGCUGCAUAGGCUCUUACGUGUCUCUGCCUGGUGCCUUCGUUGGCGCCGAACUUCUCGCCAUUCUUCAAACACUGCUCUGCUCCCGGACGAACUCGACUCCGCUUUCCUCCGUUGGCUUAGUGUCGUCCAGGGAAUCCACUACUCUGCUGAGCUCGCCGCCGUGCGGGAAUCUCGCCCAAUGCCUCACGGCAGUCACCUGGCCAGGCUGCACCCCUUCAUCGACGACAAGGGAGUCCUGCGCGUCGGUGGUCGCCUGAAACACGCCAUACUGACCUUCGAUGAACGGCACCCCAUGAUAGCUCCGCCCACCUCAUGGCUCACCCAGCUCCUGGUGGAAUCCUGCCACCGCCGGACGCUGCAUGGAGGCACGCAGCUCACUCUGGUGCUCCUCCGCCUCCGCUUCUGGGUUCCGCAAGGUCGAGCCGUGGUCAAACGGAUCCUGCAUCGAUGCGUGACUUGCACCCGCUGA